GGCUGCCUCUACUGUGGUGACUUCACUGUUGCAAUGAUGGCCGCUCUAUCUCAUGGCUCUUCCGGAUCCUUAGAUGGGCGAUCGAUAGCACAUGCCUAUACUAUUCUUUCCCCCUGUGGUACGUUUAAGUUUGUGUGAUCAAGGUCCAGCGAUGCAAUACCACAAACCACUGGUCUGCGGACUACAUUGGUGCUGUCGUACUGACCGCCAAUGCCAACCUCAAGAAGAACUACAUCCACUUUUUCAAGAACAAAUAUAUGAAAGGCUUUAUUGGGAAGUACACUGGAGGAGAUAGUAUGGCAUAAGGCUGGAAUCUUUAAGUUGAGUGCUAGUAAGCAAUCCAAGGCUGGAAUCACAGGUAUUACAGUGCCACAGACUGACUUGGCUCUAGAUGUGAUCCUGAAGCGCUCUCAGGAGAUUGGGUGUCCCUUAUACGUGGCUGAACCUUAACUGCAGAAGAUCUGAUGGCUUACAAGUUGACGCUAGGGAUCGCUGGGGACAGACAGGUGUUUAAUGCAGGAUUAGCUGUUCAUCUUUGCCAGGUGUGGCUGAACAGCAGAAAUCCAGGUCUCAGAGGUCAGAUAUACCACUUGAAAAACCAACCACAAGUGACAUCUAUCUCCAACAUUCCUCGUUUAAACAAACAUCAGCUUACGAGAGAGAUGAUAACUGGUCUGUCCCAGUGUAGUUGGCCUGGUUGUAAUCAGACAGAUCAGACAGUUCGUAAACCAGGUGUUACUACCUUGAUGGUGCACACACCACUGACAGCAUGCAGGAAGAGUGGGGCUAGCCUACUGCUUCACCUCCAGCGACCUCGACAAGUUCAGACUGUCGGCUUAGAGCAUUCUCCAUGGAAAAAAGCGGACUCUAUCUAUGAGAGCAUUGCAUGGGAAGCUGUUGGCCAGCAAGACCCUCAUGUCUUUCCUGAAGGCAUCUGUGAUUACUGUGAGGAGGAGGAGGAGGAGCUGUCUGCAGAUUAUGACAUGACUGCACCCUAUGCUCCUUUCCCUUUCGGGCAAAUUCCAACAAGCACCUUAUUGCCAAAUUUGAUGAAGGUAAUAUUAGAUGUCCAGAGCCUGACAUCACUGUCCUCCCACACCAAGAUUUCCAGCAGCAGUGGAUGUUCUGGAAGAGGCGGCUUGGCAUCAUCUUCUUCUGACAGCUCAUCUAAAGGCAGCAUUAAUUGUGGCAGCAGACACAGUCAAGAAAAUCUGCCAUUGGUGCCAUCAUCAUCUCUGCAGACAUUACGAUCCUUUGAUCGUGAAGUGAAAGAACUUGAAGAUAGACUUGUAUUUCCUCAAAAAUGUCUAGUGUUUCAGCCAAGCCAAGAAGAUCGACACAUCAUCUUCCAGGGAGAUGUUUUUCACUGGAGCAGUGGCCAGUGGGCUAAGCAAAACCCAGAAGACCCAAUUCCAGGGGGGACACAGACAACACUCCGGGAUGAGCAGCGACAGCUGCUUGAGGAAGAGUUUCAGAGGACGCACUACCUCGGGGUGGCUGUCCGCGAGGAACUGGCCAGACAGACCGAACUGUCGGCCAUAGGUUUUCGGGAAGGCACAGUAAACCCGUAAAAAGCCUAGUCCACUACUUGUUAACCAAACAGCCCUGUCCAUGUAGUGAAAUCCAGGUGGUCUUGUGGAUGGUUUUGUGUGGAAAAACUGUGCCUCCGACAGUCAAUCUAAAAAUAGGCCAUUGAACAAGCAGAAGUCUGUGAGCAGCUCCCCAUAUUCGUUGCAGUUUCCAAAUGAACCAAAAAAUAAAGGAAAGAAAGAAUCAAACAAACAAAGAAAAUGUUGAUAAACGAGCGUCUUUAAGUGGCAUCUAAUUACAUCUCAUUUAUCGACACACACAUUCUGACGGCUUGUCUGCCCCUGCUUGUUGCAGAACGCGACACGACCACUCACGAGCCUCGUCGAGCCUCAUCACACAGAGGAAGAGUCCUUCCAGAACGCGACAGGACCACUCCAAAGCCUCGUCGAUCCUCAUCACCCAGAGGAAGAGUCCUUCCAGGUGUGUAUAUUUCCACAAUGUUUAUUUUUACAAUGUGUAUUUAUUAGCAAUAUAUAGGGGGGAAGUAUUUAUAUAACUAUAAUAAACACGGUAUUCAUCAGCAGUUGUAACAUGUGUGGUGUGUUCGAGAACUAUAUAUAUGUAUAUGGAAUUUAUGAAGAAUAUUCUUUUUAAGGCCGUUUUUAACUACACUACUGGCAUCAUUUCAGGAGGCAAGAAAUAUUGAACACUAUAUUUCGUAGUAGGGACCUGUAAAGAAUGCGCAAGUCCGACGUCAGGUCGUGACAAUCAUGAAUCUUCGUUCAUCAUCAUCACCAAAAUAAAUCAACCAUAAUCAUCAUCAUCAUCAUCAUGAUGCACGAGGGUAUGCUCUUUUAACCUCCUCCCAGGAGGCAAGAAAUAUUGAACACCAUAUUUCGUAGUAGGGACCUGUAAAGAAUGCGCAAGUCCGACGUCAGGUCGUGACAAUCAUGAAUCUUCGUUCAUCAUCAUCACCAAAAUAAAUCAACCAUAAUCAUCAUCAUCAUCGUCAUGAUGCACGAGGGUAUGCUCUUUUAACCUCCUCCCAGGAGGCAAGAAAUAUUGAACACCAUAUUUCGUAGUAGGGACCUGUAAAGAAUGCGCAAGUCCGACGUCAGGUCGUGACAAUCAUGAAUCUUCGUUCAUCAUCAUCACCAAAAUAAAUCAACCAUAAUCAUCAUCAUCAUCGUCAUGAUGCACGAGGGUAUGCUCUUUUAACCUCCUCCCAGAACGCGACAGGACCACUCCAAAGCCUCGUCGAGCCUCAUCACCCAGAGGAAGAGUCCUUCCAGGAGGCAAGAAAUAUUGAACACUAUAUUUCGUAGUAGGGACCUGUAAAGAAUGCGCAAGUCUGACGUCAGGUUUUGACAAUCAUGAAUCUUCGUUCAUCAUCAUCACCAAAAUAAAUCAACCAUAAUCAUCAUCAUCAUCAUCAUGAUGCACGAGGGUAUGCUCUUUUAACCUCCUUCCAGGAGGCAAGAAAUAUUGAACACCAUAUUUCGCAGUAGGGACCUGUAAAGAAUUUAUCGACACACACAUUCUGACGGCUUGUCUGCCCCUGCUUGUUGCAGAACGCGACAGGACCACUCCAAAGCCUCGUCGAUCCUCAUCACCCAGAGGAAGAGUCCUUCCAGGUGUGUAUAUUUCCACAAUGUUUAUUUUUACAAUGUGUAUUUAUUAGCAAUAUAUAGGGGGGAAGUAUUUAUAUAACUAUAAUAAACACGGUAUUCAUCAGCAGUUGUAACAUGUGUGGUGUGUUCGAGAACUAUAUAUAUGUAUAUGGAAUUUAUAAAGAAUAUUAUUUUUAAGGCCGUUUUUAACUACACUACUGGCAUCAUUUCAGGAGGCAAGAAAUAUUGAACACCAUAUUUCGUAGUAGGGACCUGUAAAGAAUGCGCAAGUCCGACGUCAGGUCGUGACAAUCAUGAAUCUUCGUUCAUCAUCAUCACCAAAAUAAAUCAACCAUAAUCAUCAUCAUCAUCAUCAUGAUGCACGAGGGUAUGCUCUUUUAACCUUCUCCCAGGUGUGUAUAUUUCCACAAUGUUUAUUUUUACAAUGUGUAUUUAUUAGCAAUAUAUAGGGGGGAAGUAUUUAUAUAACCAUAAUAAACACGGUAUUCAUCAGCAGUUGUAACAUGUGUGGUGUGUUCGAGAACUAUAUAUAUGUAUAUGGAAUUUAUGAAGAAUAUUCUUUUUAAGGCCGUUUUUAACUACACUACUGGCAUCAUUUCAGGAGGCAAGAAAUAUUGAACACCAUAUUUCGUAGUAGGGACCUGUAAAGAAUGCGCAAGUCCGACAUUAUUAUUUUUCUUAUUAUUAUUAUUGGUGAUUAUUCUGAAUUUCUUUAUCAGAAACCCUCAUAAAGCCAGUAACUAAGGCUCUAACGUCAUAGAGGAACCAAUUUUGUAAAUAGUUGAAGCAUGCAGAAAAUGAAAACAGCAUGCCUGGGUAGUCUUUAAUUAUUUGCAGCAAAACCCAGAAUAGCCAGAGCCAGAGAGGAGUGAUUCUGCCCCAUCAAAGAGAGGGAAGAAGAAUAUGAAAAAAGGAGGAAAACAAAGCAUUCUUCUCGUUAACGGCAAGUCUGACAUCAACACUUCCAGUGGAGAUUCUUCAAGACCUCCAUCUGCAAGUACAUAAAAUUUGCCACCAAACCGUGCUUCAAUAUCAAGCUGCCGAAAAGGCUUCAUCUCCCCUUCCUGGAGACUGGUUAAAAGCCUAGUCCACUAGUUGUUAACUAAACAGCCCUGACUUCAGUGUUGUUGACUGUUAACAGUGUUGUUAAUUAUAUUCUUGUCAUUAGAAUUGAAACUUCAUUAUUGAAUCUGUUGUAAUUAGGUGUGUGGGCGCAUGCAAGAUGAAUGCAUGAACAAGAUAGAGAGCCAUUGCGCGCAGGACCCACGUAACCGUCAAUUACAGUACAACAAGGACAUAACUGGAGCUUUCAGAGAGAGACAGGAAAAAAGAUGGCAAAUAAUAAUCAGUGAGUAAAAGUACAUUUCACUCUGGCAUAAGUCGAAAGCGAUAGCGAACUAAUAUUCACUCUGAGCGAACCCCUACUACAUUUACAUAUGCUAAUAUCUCCUACGACGAUAGAUUUAAAAAACCUCAGUCUUUAGAGAUUGAAUUAAUAAUAAUCGUUUAAAAGGUCGUUUUUAACUAGAAUUCGGAACAUAGGUGGGAAGAGAAAACUGGAUACAACAUAUGAAUUUUGCCUUGCGGUACUCAAUACUGUUCAAUGCUAGUACAUUUAAAGAAUUUGAUUGCCCUGUGUUUACCGCUAGGAUGGCUUAUGUGUCUAUUGCAUCUCUAGAGUGAAAUUGGCUUUGUGGACAUUUUGUGCAUACCGGUAGAUUUGGACUGGAUACAUAGUGCAGUUUAAUGCGAGACAAAUUAGAAAAAUGUGUUUGAUAGUAAUGCUUACCUGUUUACUGAAAUAGUCUUCAUUUGUUGAAUUAGUGCUUACACUUUGAAGUGUUUACUACUGUGUUAACUCAAGGAUUUUUAUUUCCUCUUGGUGUUACGAAUCAUUGUGCAGGCACGUUGGGAAGUAGUAAUUACAUUUCUAUCCUGAUUGUGUGAAUGAUUAGGAGUGUAAAUAUUUUGUUCUUUUUAGGAUCACUUUUCCGACCUUUUGAAAGUGCAUUUUUUUGUGAAUACGGAAGGGUAACUAGUGUAGUACAGAUGUGCAGACCAAAUGUUUUUUUUAAUUAAGGUGACUACAAAAAUCUGCACUAUUUCAUAAAACAUAAAAAAAAAUUUUUACCUCAGGUGCCUGGCCUUGAUUGAAGAUGAGGAUAAUAAUGAUGUCACAGUUUUUAAUUUCAGUUUCUUGUAAGUCUCUUUUUUCCAUCAGAAAAUAGGUGAUGAACUGGUUGCAGGGGUGGGGGCGAGGAAAGGGAAUUAGCACAAAGUUGUUUGGUAUACAGAGGUUGAUACAGUGCAGCAAAAAGCUGGAUAAUCCAAGAUGAUUUUCCAAAAAUGAAUAAAACAAGGUAUACAGCAGUUCAGCAUUCCAAAUUCCAACGAGGAAACGUAGCUGCACAAUUCUGCCAUAAUACUGCAGUAAAUUCCAGGAAAUUCACAGGGCACAGAAACACAGUUGUCACCUCCUUGAAAUAUGCUAGCAUUUAGUUUUGUUCUCUCUGCUUCUACCCCGACUCUUUCUGUUGCUGUUUUUUUCGAUGAUGUUAUCUGAAGCCUUCAUUCACCCAUUGUUCUUCUGUACAGCUUCUGAAGAUAAUAAAAUAUGGGAAAAUUGGGAUUUGUAAAUUAAAGAAGGUUAAUAGGUUUACAGAUUAAAAACAGAUUAAAAGAA